AGGAUACACAAGGUUUACAAAUUUGAAGUGUGAAAAUUUGGACACAUCAUACGUGAACUUUUCAAAAUGUAAUCUUAAAGUUCUGGGUCGUGGUAUUGUGGGAUUGAGCAUGCAACUCGAUCUGCUCAAGCCGCCUGUUUCGAACAUUUCAGUUAAUUUUAACAUAAAGAAGAAAUUAAGUGGGUAUCGUCCAUUUCUGUAUAACGUUACAUUCGAUUUUUGUCGUUACCAAAAACAUAAGAAUAGUUAUCCGCUUUUUAAGAUCAUUCAUGGCACCAUUAUGAAUUCAUCAAAUUUCGAUCACAAUUGUCCCUACAAUCAUAGCAUAAUCAUCGACAAUUAUGUGGUUAAGGACGAAUCGUUCAAGUUGACACCCUUCCCCAGUGGCUCAUAUCUUUAUGAAAUCAUAAUCGGUGCUUACAAUAUUUGGCGAGCCGUGCUCACUGUUUAUUUUGAUGUGAAGUUAAACUGAAACUAUUAUACGAAUCAUUUCAAUACUUAUAAAAACACUUUAUUUCAACACGAUUUUUUCUCAACAAGUAAAUGCACAUACAAUAAAUGUGAUGUUUAAUUUUGUAUUUUUAAA